AUGGUUCGAUUGCGCGAGAUUCCUCGCACUGCGGCCUUCGCAUGGUCGCCUGGCUCAGCUCCGCCAUUGCUCGCUACUGGUACCCGUGCUGGCGCUGUCGACGACGACUUUUCCAACGACACGAACCUGGAGUUGUGGGACUUGCAACUAGACCAGGUCGAUGCCUCUCCCGAGCUGUCGCCUGUUGGCACCAUCUCCACAGACUCAAGGUGCGUACCCCACAACUCGACACGCUAUCUCGCUGACACUAUUGUNAGGUUUUACGAUAUCGCAUGGAGCCAACCUACCGCCGAUCGAUCUCGUGGUAUCAUCGCUGGUGCUCUCGAGAAUGGCUCACUCGACCUGUGGGACGCCGAGAAGCUCCGUUCCAGCCCCUCCGACUCGUUCAUGUCUAGAACAACAAAGCACUCUGGAGCAAUCAAGACUGUCCAAUUCAACCACACAAAGCACGACCUUCUCGCGACGGCAGGCGCCAAGGGAGAGCUGUUUAUCUACGACCUGAACAAUAUUGCCAAUCCAUUCAGACUGGGCGGAGGUGCCGCAAGAGCUGAUGAUUACGAGUGUUUGGACUGGAACAAGGGCUCAAAAGUCCCUCACAUCCUGGCUACUGGUUCGAGUGGAGGCUUCGUCACCAUCUGGGACGUUAGACAAAAGAAGGAGAACUUGACAUUGAACAACUUUGGUCGCAAACCUGUCAGCGCUGUUGCCUGGGACCCGGAUGUUGCGACCAAGCUCAUGACCGCUAUCCCCAACGACCAAGAUCCUCUGAUCCUCAUGUGGGACUUGCGUAACUCCAGUGCUCCUGAGCGCGUUCUCCGUGGACACGAGCUCGGUGUUCUCUCUCUGUCAUGGUGUCAGCAAGACUCGAGCCUGUUGCUUUCUUGCGGCAAGGACAACCGUACUGUCGCCUGGAACCCUCACACUGGCGAAUCAUACGGUGACUUCCCUGUCGUCACCAACUGGACCUUCCAGACUCGCUGGAACCCUCACAACCCUGGCCUUCUUGCAACUGCCUCAUUCGACGGCAAGAUUGCUGUUCAGACCAUUCAGAACACAAACUCAAAGGGUGAAGAAAAGACGACCGCUCAGCAGGCUUUGGAGGGUGAGGACUUUUUCAACCAGGUCCAAGACCAACCACAGCACGUCUCUUUCUCCUUGCCCAAGGCUCCCAAGUGGAUGGAACGCCCCGCUGGCGUGUCUUUUGGAUUUGGUGGAAAGCUCGUCAGACUCGCUACCGACUCGACUUCGAGAAAAUCGACUGUCAGCAUCGAGACUUUCGCUGUCGACUCAGCCGUUACCGACGCAUCCCAGAAGUUCGAAGACUCUCUCAAGAGCGGCGACCUUGCCGGCAUCUGCGAGUCCAAGAUCUCCGCCGCAACCAACGAGGAAGAGAAGGCCGACUGGCAAGUCAUUGAAACACUGAACGCUGGAAAGUCGAGGAAGAAGCUGAGAGAAUACCUUGGCUUUGCCGACGAGACUGAGGUGGCACAAAAGACGGCCGACCUCAACGUCAACGGUGAUGUUGAGAAGCCCAAGGAAGAGGAUGACAGCAACUUCUUUGGCAACGCCAACGCUGAUGGAGAAGAUGGCGAUAACUUCCUGGCCGAUCUUGCAGCGACCAAGGGUGCUAAGACCAACCAACCUUUCCACAUCUUCAGUGGUGAAGAAUCCGACGCAGACAAGAACAUCACACGCGCUCUCAUGCUGGGCAACUUUGAGUCUGCUCUUGAUGUUUGCCUGAAAGAUGGUCGUAUGUCAGAUGCCUUCAUGAUCGCCAUCUGCGGUGGACAGAAGUGCAUGGACAAGGUGCAAACUGCCUACCUGAAGCAAAAGGCCAAGGGACCCAACUACCUACGUCUUCUUGCCUCGAUCGUUGGCAAGAACCUGUGGGAUGUUGUUCACAAUGCCGAUCUGUCGAACUGGAAGGAGGUUAUGGCAACUCUAUGUACUUUCGCCGACGAGACCGAAUUCUCGGACUUGUGUGAGGCUCUUGGUGACCGUCUUGAAGAGUCGCUGUCAGAUGUUACAGACAAGGGCACUUUGAGAAGGGAUGCGUCAUUCUGUUUCCUUGCCGGCUCAAAACUCGAAAAGGUUGUCACCAUCUGGGCUCAGGAACUGCAGGAGAAGGAAAGCGCUGGGUUGGAAGCCGCCGACGGCGAGACCAGCUUCUCUGUUCACGCCAGAACUCUGCAAGACUUCAUCGAGAAGGUCACUGUCUUCCGCCAGGUUGUUGGCUUCCAAGAUCCUGACCGUCAGGCUACCGAUAACUGGAAGCUUGCUCCGCUGUACACCAAAUACACCGAGUACGCUGAUAUUCUGGCUAGUCAUGGCCAGUUGCAAGUCGCUGAGAAGUACCUGGAUCUGCUGCCUUCCAAGUACCCUGCAGCAGAGGUCGCUCAGCAGAGAGUCAAGCUUGCCAAUAGAACAAAGCCUGUGGUUCCUCAAGUCCAGAGACAGCCCGCUGCCGCUGCUCGUGCUGCACCAAUGGCACCUUACUCUGCUGCGCCAACCCCAGCACCACUUGCUGCUGGAAACCCAUACGCACCAAGUGGGGGCAUCAUGUCGACGCCUGCUCCUGCUGGUGGUACGAACGCUUAUGCUCCUCCAGGCGCUGCUCAGCCUCCUGCUGUGUCCAACCCAUACGCACCUCCUACGCAAGCUUAUGCUCCUCAGGGAUAUCAGCCUCCGCAGCCUUCAGCAUAUGGCCAACCAGGACCUUACGGUGUACCAACUGCUCCCAUGGCACCUCCUCGUGGUAUGACGCCCAGUGCUGUUCCUCCACCGCCCAAGAAGGGAGAGACGCAACAGUGGAAUGACCUUCCGGAAGGCUUCUCCAAGCCGGUCCAGCCUGCGAGAAGAAACACNCCUGGCAUGGCCGCUAUGUCUUCCCCUUUCCCUAAUGCUCCUGUCAUGUCACCUCCACCUGCUCCUGGCAGCGCUUACGGUCAACAGCCUGCUGCCGCUUUGCCUCCGCCACCAAAGGCAGGCCAGAUGCCUCCUCGAGUCAUGUCUCCAUUGUCAGGUCCUCAGCAAAUCCAGCGUCCCAUUUCUGCUGCAUCGAACGCCUACACCCCAGCUUCAGUACAGCAGUCGCCCGCCUCGAUGAUGCCUGCUCCGCCUCAGGCCCCUCCCCUCGGCCGUGGCCCUUCGCCUUACAACCUUCCCCCCUACNNUACAGCGACUGCAACUGGCCCUGCAAGCAAUCGUUAUGCACCAGCGCCUGGAUCGCAACCGACACCCGUAGCCAGCGGCUUGCCACCACCACGUAAUGUUGCUCCACCACCUAACCCCCGCCCGCUCCUCAAGCCGUUCCACCCCGCCACAAGGGCCGCCUCGUGGUCCUCCUCAGGGCCCUCUCAGAGCCGCACCUCCACCUCAAGCGACACCCCCUCAAGCCACGCCCCUCAGGCUACCCCUCCCCCAGUAGCUGCGCCUCAACAAAUGCCUUCGCGACCCACGACCGCACAGUCUCAGCGAUCCACACCCGCAGCCGCCAAAUAUCCUCCUGGCGACCGCACCCACAUCCCCGGUAACGCCAUGCCCGUCUACGAGAUUCUAUCCGCAGACAUGGCACGCGUAAAGUCACGCGCCCCUGCCUCUUUCCUCCAACAAGUCAACGACGCCGAAAAGCGCCUCAACAUCCUGUUUGACCACCUCAACAAUGAGACUCUGGUCAAGCCAGACACUGUAGCCAUGUUGGUCGAUAUCGCCCAGGCACUGCAAGCCAGAGACUUUGAUCGUGCUGGAGCCGUGUUGACGGAUAUGAUGAAGGCCAAGUUGGAGGCUGAGGGUGCUCACUGGAUGGUUGGGGUCAAGAGAUUGGUGGCUAUGAGUAAAGCUACUCCUGUGUGA